AAGAUGGCAAGAAUAUUGGUUCUUUUGCUUGGGGGUCUUGUGGCUCUGUGUGCCGGGCAUGGAGUAUUUAUGGAUAAACUUUCUUCUAAGAAGUUGUGUGCAGAUGAGGAGUGUGUCUAUACCAUUUCUCUUGCUAAAGCACAGGAAGAUUACAAUGCCCCAGAUUGUAGGUUCAUCAAUGUCAAGAAAGGGCAGCAGAUCUAUGUUUAUUCCAAGCUGGUGAAAGAAAAUGGAGCCGGAGAGUUUUGGGCUGGCAGUGUUUACGGUGACCACCAGGAUGAGAUGGGAAUCGUGGGUUAUUUCCCCAGCAAGUUGGUUAAAGAGCAGCGAGUAUACCAGGAGGCCACCAAGGAAGUCCCAACCACGGAUAUCGACUUCUUCUGUGAAUAAGAAAUUAGUUAAAACUUGUGAUAAAAUGGAAACACCAGCGAUGAAGACAAGAAAUGGGAAUAACCAAAAUGGCUUUGUUUGGUGACAGGAGUUCUAAUCUCGAAGGAGCCAGUAUCUGGGAAUUGUCAAGUCAGUCUUGUUUUCCUGCCCUGCUCUUCCCUCAGGAGGCCACAGAGUGCUGUUUGAGUCACAUAAGUCAUUUAUCAGCAAAGACUUAAUGUGCAGUGAAGGGAAUCUUCAAUAGCUCAGUGAUACACACACGAGGUGUUUUAUUUGUAGUUAUUUUUAGAUGGUCAUUCUUCUCAGCUCUAGCUUCAGGUUCAUAAACUUGGUGAGUUGUAAGUCUGACUUUUGAACAAACGUGCUUUCUGUUAUUUUUCUCUCUGGUCAUUUAAGGUCUUAAUAAUGUACUUGUCAGGAUAUUCUAGAAUUGUUACUUCUUAUAUUUUCUGUCCUUGGAUGUAAGGAUGUUAGGUAUAAAAAGAGUUUUUGGAUUCAUAAAUAUCUGAA